CACAGGAAACCCAAACAGACCGUUCCAACGUUAGGGUGCCAUCAGAUAGCCUACUUUAUGUCAACUAUGUGGUUUUUUGUCGGAGGACCAACGGCUGUUUAACUAUUUUAGAGUGACGAUGAUUUCGGUGAGUUACAUUCUGCUGUGUGGACAGUUUUUACUCCUGCUGACGGUGAUUCUGCUGCAAUGUCUGAAUGGAAUUCACUCCCAAAACUCAACGACGACGGAGUCUCCUUCUACAUCUCCUGGUCAGGGGGCUACAGCGAUCCCGUUCAGCGAGCAGCCGUCAGAAACGGCUAAAUAUGAAAUACCACCAGAAAGUACGAAUUCUACAGAGACUUACGAGUACAGACCACCAUCCCCCGUCGUCCUCUGCAACCAUCUACCAGAGGAGUUCAUCUACUGUCAAGACCCAGUAGACCACGCAGGCAACAACAGUGCCUAUCUUGAGCUGGGCUAUGGCUGUGUUGGGUGGGGUGGCCAGACUCAAAAAGAGGUGAACCAUACACCGGUUAUCUGCACUGCUCUGGAUGGUAUUGAGUGUCAUGGACAAAGAGAGUUCCUCAGAGGAAACGUACCAUGCAUCAAGUAA